GCACUAAAUGAAGGCUCAUUUCAGUGCUUCAUCUGUCAGGUGCAGAUCACUCCUCCGCUUCAGUCUGUGGACGCCAUGAGAUUGACUUUGCCCAACCCGGGACUGCAGCUGCGGAUCUCCAACCAUGAGGAACUCGACAGGAUGGAGAAAGCGGAAGCUGACAACAGGCCCAAGUGGGACAACAAAGCUCAGUACAUCCUGACAUGCGUGGGCUUUUGCAUCGGCCUUGGCAAUGUGUGGCGAUUCCCCUAUUUGUGUCAAAGCCAUGGAGGAGGAGCCUUUUUGAUUCCCUACCUGAUCCUGCUGGUGUUGGAAGGAAUGCCUCUCCUGUUGCUGGAGUUUGCCAUCGGCCAGCGUCUCAGGAAAGGCAGCGUGGGAGUGUGGCGUGCCAUCAGUCCUCAUCUGACCGGUGUGGGUAUAGCCUCCAUGCUGGUGUCUUUUUUAGUUGCUCUGUAUUACAACACUCUGAUAGCCUGGAUCAUGUGGUACCUCUUCAAUUCCUUCCAAAGCCCGCUGCCUUGGACUCAGUGUCCUCUCAAUGAGAAUGCGACGGGGUUUGUAGCUGAGUGUCAAGAGAGCUCCACAGUGGACUAUUUUUUCUACCGUGUGACCCUCAACACUUCAACCUCCAUAUCUGACUCUGGGGGGCUCCACUGGCCCAUAGUGGUGUGCCUUUGUGGUGCGUGGACUGUUGUCUGUAUUUGCUGCAUCAGAGGGAUAGGCACCUCGGGCAAGGCCGUGUACAUCACAGCCAUCUUGCCAUAUAUAGUGCUGUCCAUAUUCUUGGUGCGAGGACUAACCCUGAAAGGUGCCUUGCAUGGGAUUCAGUUCCUCUUCACCCCAAAGGUGGAUGAGUUGAUUAAUCCCUCAACUUGGCUGGAUGCCGGGGCCCAGGUCUUUUAUUCAUUUGGUUUGGCAUGGGGCGGCCUCAUCUCUUUCUCCAGCUACAAUCCUGUUCAUAACAACUGCAUGCAAGAUGCUGUGAUCCUGUCGGUUGUCACCGGCCUGACUUCAGUGUACGCUGCUACAGUUAUGUACUCCAUCAUUGGCUACAGGGCCACUGAGCAAUAUGACAUGUGUUUUAGUGAUAACAUAAUGUCGUUAAUAAACGGAUUCAAUCUUCCUGAGGACAGUGUCACACCAAACACUUUUGACUUGGCCUUAAAACAUUUGAACAGCUCGGAUCCGCAGACUGUUCUCGGAUUGGACUUUAAAACCUGUGACUUGCAAAAAUUGCUCAGUGAGGGAGUGGAGGGAACGGGUUUGGCUUUUAUUGUUUUCACAGAGGCCAUCACGAAGAUGCCUGCUUCUCCAGUCUGGUCUGUUCUCUUCUUCAUCAUGCUUUUCUGCCUGGGCCUCUCCACCCUUUUUGGGAACAUUGAGGGAGUGGUGGUUCCCUUGAGAGACUUGGGGGUUUUCCCCAAAAAAUGGCCCCACGAAGCCCUGACUGUGACAACAUGUCUUGUGGCCUUCGUCAUCACCCUCCUCUUUGCGUUGCAUUCUGGGAUUUAUUGGCUUACACUUUUUGACAAAUUUGCUGGCUCUGUUCCGCUUCUGACUAUCGGAUUCUUCGAAAUGAUUUCUGUUGCUUACAUAUACGGCAUUGACAGGUUCAACGAGGACGUGGAGUUUAUGACUGGAUGCAAACCUUCCAUCUUCUGGCAAGCUACAUGGAGGUUCAUCAGUCCUCUCAUUGUCCUGGUCAUCUUAAUUUUCUACCUGGUAACUCAAGCCCAAGAAAAGCUGACUUAUUUAGUCUGGGAUCCCGCUUCUGAAGUGUUCCCGUCAUUGUCAUCCGAAGCGUAUCCUUCAUGGAUCAAUGCAAUGAUUUUUCUGUUAGCGGGGGUUCCUACUGCGAUUGUGCCUGUUUACGCAUUGUGUAGUUUUAUCAUUGUGUACUGCAGGAAACAAGAAGAUUGAAUAACACAUAGAUAUGUUUUUUUUUUCUGUGUGUCUUCUGGUUCACGCUUAAUUGCCAAUUUACUUGAGGGUUUUGGUCUCAGGGCUAAUUGAAGUUGCAUUAAGUACAAAGACUAGAAACACAAUUUAAUCAAUACAACUACUGAUAUAUAUAUAUUUUUUUAAAUAUCUACUGCUAUUUUGAAACUUACUUUGGCAAUAGACUAUAAUGUGCCCGGAUACUUCUGGGUGGCAGAAAAGCGAUUGUGUUAAAAAAAAAGUUGAGAGUUUUGUUUAAUGGUGGUAGCAUCGGAGAACGCCAAAGCAUUUGUCAGCCAGAUGUAAAUGUGACAUGAUUGUAAAAAGGUCUGUUCUCUACAGCUUACAAUAUUGUUUUCAAUUGUGCCACAAUUUUAGGUCCACCUGCACAAGCCAAUUAGAUCCAAUGCAAGAACUGUAUUAAAAUGUACCUCAACAACAUAAAAUUGUGCAGUUUAUAAUAAGCGGUUUAAUUCUAUUGGAUGAUUAAUAUUGUGGUUGUAGUUUGAAAUGUAGCUUUACACUUCAUUAUAUUGUGAGCUGUUCAUAAUAUUUUGUUUGGUUAAAUAUGAACAACAACCAAAUUAAAAAACAGCUCUUGUACAUUUGUAAACGGUUAUAAUGGUCACGUAAUGAUGCAAAAUACAUAUUUUCACAAAUGAGUGCUUCUCAAACAGUCAAGAUGUGGCAAAAGUAAAGACCUGACGGACAAAUGGCCCAAAUGAUGUUGUACGACAAUUUUGCGACGCGUGUGAGCGUUUUACGAUCUUCGCCUAAAAAAAAAAAUGGGCAUUGACAAGAUGGCUGACUCAAUCAAAAACGUAGAAGCACGACGUAAGUGAACGCCCGUUUGAUUGCCUAACUUUUUAAGAAACAAGUCCUUCUCGUUGAGUACGCGUUAUUUGAAAAGCUGUAUGUUUAUAAUGCUUCGCCAGUCGUUUUGUUAAGUACUCAGUGGUUUACCCAAUGUGCGAAGGCGUACCUAAUUAAGUGUUCGCAAAGUGCACACUGAUGUAGUACAUUACAGGAGCCACCGGGUGGCAGUGUAAGCCUGGGGUCACCAACCUUUUUCAAACUUGAGAGUUACUUCUCGGGUAGCUACUGAUGAACGAAAGUAACUCAUUUCAAAUUAACUUUAAUGAUAUGUUAUUAAUAACUAGCGAUAUUCAUUUAUGUGAAGACACUGAUCCAGUUAAUGAUUUCUCACUAUGCAACACUUUAUUUCUGUAAGUCUUUGAAUGCCAGCGUGUACCAUGCUUUUUUUUAUUUUUUUAUUUUUUUAUGAUGUGCAAACAAAAUAAAAAAGUUACAAAAUAACCUCACGGUAACAACAUUUCUGGAGCAACAUGCAUAAUUGUGAAUUAUGUAACUGCUAUAUUGUUGGCAGCCUAAUCUGCAUUGUGAGUUGUGACCAUUUUCCUGCACCCUGUAAAUUAAAUAAAACAAUAAUACUUUA